GGUUGCCUGAAGGCCUUUCCAACUCUGACCAAAGAAUGUACCGACUCCCUACCCGCUGGUGGGGCUUCUCCAGGGGCGAGUCGCAGGUGGAGCUUGACCGUGCCCUGGGCCACCAGGAGCCCCACUGGAAGGAGUUCCGCUUUGACCUGACCCAGAUCCCAGAGGGGGAGGCGGUCACAGCUGCGGAGUUCCGGAUAUACAAGGUGCCCAGCACCCACCCCCUCAACAGGACGCUCCACAUCAGCGUGUUCGAGGUGGUCCAGGAGCAAUCCAACAGGGAGUCUGACUUGUUCUUUUUGGAUCUUCAGACGCUCCGAGCGGGGGACGAGGGCUGGCUGGUGCUGGACGUCACAGCAGCCAGUGACCGCUGGUUGCUGAACCGUCACAAGGACCUGGGACUCCGCCUCUUUGUGGAAAGCGAGGAUGGUGAGGCUCAGGGGUUCCUCUGCUCCAGCACAAGAAGCGGCAGGGGUCACAAACCAACACUGGAGUUGAAGAGCGCGUGUCAGAGUCUUCCUUCCCCAGGAAACGGGCAGUUCUUCCCGCCUUAG